GAUACACAGCUAAUUCUGCAAUUUGCAAUUUGCAAUUCUUCACCGGAUUUGGUAAAAUAAUCCUGGGGAUCAUCUCUCGGCGGCGGCGGCGGCGGCGACGGCGUUUCUAAUUGGUUCUGAAUACUGCAACUGAGUCUGCUUUCUUCUCCCGCAGCUGAGUCGGUUUCUUAUGCACUUAAAUUUAUUCGCAAAGCCAAAUGCCGUUGGGUAAAUACGUCUGCGAUUACUGCGACAAACAAUUCCAGGACACCCCCGGAGCACGGCGGCGCCACCUUCAAGGCGUCGCCCACCAGAGAGCCAAAGCCCUCUGGUACGACUCCUUCCGCUCCUCCACCCAACCAGGUUUGAAUCAGGUUCAAGAUCCCCUGUCUAUCGGCAAAGGAGUCUGCAAUCGGUUUGUCCGUACGGGAUCGUGCCAGUAUGGAGAUUCUUGCAAGUAUCAUCAUCCCAAUAAGAAUUUGCCAAACAUGACGAGUUCUCAAGGGACGGAAGGAACAAGUUUUGUCAAUAAUAUCCAGUCUCAGAGGGAAGCUUCUCUGCCUGCUGUACUUUCUGGAAAUCGAACGGGAGCAUCACUUAGAAACCUACCUCCAUCGUUGUGGCCUCCUCCAGAAGGCGGAUAUCCGGCCAUUCCCUUCAUUGAUUGGGGGUAGUUUUGGUAUUUUACUAUCUGCAAAGUUUUUCUCGUUACCUGAAAUACAUUAUUUCACAUUUUAAUGAUGCUGUCAAUAUAUUUUCUUGAAAGCUUUCGUCUUGGUUUUGUAGAAUAUAUAUAUAUUUUAUUUUAUUUCAUAUUAUUACGUAGAAAAUGUCCUUAUUGAAGUUAGAUGAAACUAGAGCAACAAAAUGAAUGGCUGAGGUGAACAUGGGGCUCUUUGAGGAAGCUACGUUCUAAAUGCUGUGCUUUAUUGUUUGCGAUAAUUUCGAGUUUACCUAAAAUAGGCUUAACUUCAAUACGACAUGAAGCCGUUUUGUGAUAUUUGAUUUGACUUGUAAUUUGUAAUUAUAUACCACCAGGCUCUGCCGAAACAUAUUGUUUGUUUUCA